AUGUCGCGCUGUCAGCCCGUGUCGGAGAUUCCUCCCAUGAAGGACUUGACCACGGAUAAUAUCACCGACAAUGUCAAGAUAUUGAAUAAUCAAUGCCCACAGGCACGUUCACGCUACAUUUUUGACCGACUGGUCUCACAUUUGCACGACUUUGUGCGUGAAACACGCCUCACCACGACGGAAUGGCAGACGGGCAUCGAUUUCCUGACCGCCGCCGGCCAGAUCAGCAAUGACCUCCGUGCGGAAAUGAUCUUGCUAUCAGACACCUUAGGCGUGAGCCUCUUGGUGGACGCCAUCAACCACCCGCGCCACGGCAACGCCACCGAGGGCACCGUUCUGGGACCGUUUCACACCCACGACGCCCCCGUCGCCGAUAAUGGCUACACGCUACACCACGACGAGGAGGCCGCAAAGCUGUUUGUCCUGGCCACGGUCCGCGAUGCCAGCGGGCGCCCGAUCCCGGGCGUGGUGGCCGACGUGUGGGAGGGCGAUGCUCAUGGCUUCUAUGACGUGCAGAACCCGCACCGCGACCAGCCCGACGGGCGCGCCGUGCUGCGCAGCGACGACGACGGUCUUUUUUACUUCACCGCCGUCGUGCCGGUGCCUUACCCCAUCCCCAUGGACGGCCCCGUGGGUUCCAUGCUGACCCAUUUACAUCGGCAUCCCAAUCGGCCUGGUCAUAUCCAUUUCAUGCUGCGCAAGCCGGGCUGGGAUCCACUGAUUACGGCGCUGUACCCUCGAGGUGAUCCGUAUGAGACGUCGGAUCCCGUUUUUGGUGUCAAGGAGAGCUUGAUUGUCGACCUGGGCACUGUAGACGACACGAUUGCCCAAAAGUACAAUGUGAAAGCCGGGACGCGUUUGUUAACAUAUGAUUUUAUCUUGGUACAAGAAGAGGAAGCUGCUCGGUUGCGGCAAGAGUUGGCAACCAAGGCGGUGGAAGAAAUGGGGCUUGGCGUGGCAAUUGAAAAUGGACUCCCAGUUCUUGAUGUUGACUAG